AUGGAGAGGCUGCACAGAGCAGCGGCGGCGCAGGGAGGGGGGGCGUCGGAAAGGUCAGACUCCGCCGCCGCUGUCUCGGCGGCUGUAAAGGCCACCCUGGUCAACGCGAUCCAGGCCCUCGGACGGGGCUUCGACGUCAACUCCGACACCCGCCUCCUCUACUGCAAGGGCGCCCCCGGGUCGAGGCUCGUCCAGGUUAACGAGGGCAACACGAGGGAUAUUCGCGUAUCCGAGGGGGUCGUUGUCCAAGAGGUGCCCGUUGGCAUUGAUGUCUUGCCAGGGAAGGGCGGACGGGAGACAACCGGUGUCUUAUCCUUCCACCAUGUACGUCUCUGGCCGACUGAUUGAUCUCCUCACACCUGAGUUCCUUCUGGAUUUCCCAAUUAUGAUCCGGCUCCAUCCUUGGACUCGGACGAAUUCCGUUCCACAUCUUCAGGCGUUCGAUUGAUCCCUUUUAUUCCAUGUAUUUAUGCCUGAUGUUAUACGAAAUGCCUCAUCUAUCACGAUAUUCGUUCAAAUAAUGACAGUUUCAUUGUUGAAAUGCACAAGUAUGCGUAUUGACUGCUCCAUCCUUUCUGUGAAUGAUAUUAUUGUCGCCCGCUCUAUGACAACAAUCUGACAUGGGAUGACUCUAUGAUCUCAGAUGGCAGAGUACUUCAACAAGAAGUCCGGCUUAUCAGAAUCAAUGCCUCUGGGCGGCUUCAACUCCAUGUUCAAUUUCACGGGCUCCUGGAAGAUCGAUGUGACUUCCACGAAAGCCCUCGUGAUGGAUGGCUACUUCAUGCCUCUAUAUAAAGUCAGGCUGACGAAUUCUGGGCUGACUCUGAGAGAAGAUGUGAAGAACGCAGUUCCCCGCAAUUGGGAGCCAGCUUCAUUGGCGAGGUUGGCAGCGUGAUGCCCACAUCUCAGCCUCUACUUCUGGAAAUCAUGUUGCCAAUUGUUGACUCUUUUCCUUUCCAGCUUCAUCGAGAACUUUGGGACCCAUAUAAUCACCUCAGUGACCAUCGGUGGCAGAGAUGUAGUCUAUGUCAAGCAGCAUAGUUCAUCUCUCUUGUCAUUGCCGGACAUUGAAAAGUAUGUGAAAGAUAUUGGCGACCAAAGGUUUUUGGACUUGGAGAAUGAGCCCAUCCCCAACUCUUCCAAAUACAACGAUCAGGUUUUAUUUUCAUAUCUUCAUGUCGAUUAUAAGGCUAGUUUUGUUGUGGAUUUAUUUAUAAUUCAUUCAUGUUACCAGGGAGGAGAUCCUUCCUUGCUUUACACUAGGGAGAUACAUCCACAGCCCUCAAAUAUUCCACAUCUAAGUGGGAAAGAGGUAAGCUUCCAUUGGAGAUAAUUUGAAGAACUGAUGUUUCUCUGUAUGCUUCCAUUUGUGUUCAUUCCCUGAAUUUUCAACCAUGAAUUCUAUAGUCAUCAGUGCGCCAUGGAAAUGAGGUCCUCCAUGGAUGUUUAGAUGAGCUAUGGUGUAGUAGAAGGCUCGUGGGCAGCUUAUUUGUCUCAGCUUGCUGGGGGCUAAUUUUACCCAGUAGGAAAAUCUGCUGUAUGUGCCAUGGGUGUACCUGUGAAUUCUUUUCAUGAGUAAUAUGAUUGUUGAAUGAGGAUGAUCAAAGGAAACUAAUAGGAUUUUAGAAUGUGGAGGGCCAAAAGAAAAGGGUGUGGAAUGAGUGGGGUCAAAGGAAAAUUUAUGUAGUUGUAGAAUGAGAAGGAUCAAACGGAAAUAAUAUAGCUGCAGAGAGAGGAGGAUCAAAAGGAAAAUACCAUAAUGUUAGCAUAAGAGAGAUACAAGGAAAAUUAUGGAAUGUCAGAAAAUGAGUAGAACCGAAGAAGGUGAUAGAUGUUUGGUAAUAGAAUAGGCUUCACAACCAAACAAGAGCAGGGAAAGGGCUCUUCAUUGAGGACGGAAGGUGAUGAUUUCCCUUUGUCAAGGAAUAUGCGUGUGAUGGGCACUCUCUUCCUAAAUCUGACGACAAUGAUUGACCGUUUGAUCUUUGCUGAACUUUGUGAAUCAGUUGGCCUGAGAUCACUCGGAAUUACUAUGAUUAUGGUCUGAGCAUUUAUUUUCCUGGGGGAGGGGCAUUCUUCGAAAGUUGUGGUCUUUGCUAUUUACCUCCUUCCCUCAUGCUCUCAUAUUUUUUCCUUACUGACUGAUGUGGCACCAUUGUCUUCCUUCUCACAAGAAAAGGACAUGAGAAAACAGACAAUAAAUCAUGCAACAUUCUAUAAAGUAUCAAACUGUUUAAUUAUUUAACUGCUCUACGUCUUAGUUUCUCUUAUAUUUUCUACAUAUCCUAUGGUAUUGUUCUUCUACUCACUAUGCCAGCAAAAAGUGCUGCCUAAAUAGCACUUCCUUUCAGCUGUAAUAAUUAUGAGACUGACAAAGCUAGCUUCCCUUAUUUGUUUGGGAUCCAAUUUUCGUCACAUUUUUUUAGUUGAUUUAAAAUGUGAGGACUAUAUUUUUGGAUUUAGUUCUCAUAAAUGAGUGAAAUAUGAACUGCAACAUUCGAAACAUUCUCCAACUCAUUUUCAAUUCGGUAUUUUGUUUAUUUUAUUGAAACUUUAGUUCCACUUUCCUUGCCUCAUCAAAAUACAUGUUAUUAAACUGUACUUUUUAAUGGUCUCUUUAUUUCUCACUGACAGUAUAAAUCUAGCUGCUUUUCUCUCCUGUAUCAUUCUAUAUGUAUCUACAUCACCAUUUUAUUUCCGGCUCGCUCUUUGUGAGCCAUCUGUUGGGUUACACUUGUCCCUUUCGAAUCACUUGACGAUUCCAUCCUGCUGCAGGACGUUACAGUGAUUUUUAGGAGGAGAGGAGGCGACGAUCUUGUUCAGAAUCUUUCCCAAUGGGCUAGCUCUGUGUCGUCAUCACCAGAUGUGAUCAACAUGACAUUUCUUCCCAUAAUUUCUCUUCUGAAUGGGCUGCCUGGAGCAAAACAUCUCGCCAGAGCCAUUGGUUUAUACUUGGAACGUAAGUUUAUGUGUCAUUGUCUCGCUGUUUCCUCACUGCAACCCAAUGCAAUCUUAUCUUAAUUGCCAAUCCUUCAGUAAAAUUUGUUUGUGAGUGGGUAAUUGUUUUUGUUCUUCUCUAAACAGUAAUGGAUUCUUGCCACCCAUAUGUUAUUUGAUAAUAUUUUGAUGUAUAAUGCAAAAAACAAUGGAACCAUGACUUUUAAUCAAAUAAUUUAAAUUUCAGUCAUUACCAAGGGACAAGAGUCCUGACGACCAUUUCUGUCCUGUAAGAAGUGAUGUAAAUGUCGGUGAAGCCAUCAUGCGUGAUGAUGAAUUGUAGUUUUAAGGCGUCUUGGUGCAAAGAAAUCGAUUUUCCAUCAAAUCAUCCAAUUAAAAACCCGUUGAUUCUGAGUAAGUUUAUUACUUAACUCAAUUCUCGAUCAUUCUUCCCAUCCAAUUUCAACGUGCCUCCUUGCACAGGUCAAUUUAACAUUUGGAAAGAAUCAAGGAGUCUCUAAGAUGAAAACAUAGCAGGGGUUGAAAGAUUUGCUCUAGGCUCUAGAUGACAUUCUUGGUUUUCAGUACCUGUCUCUAAUAUCUACCAGAAAACCAGGUCAGACCAAAUAGUCACAUGUUGUAGGGUGAUCCUUGAUUAUUUUUCUUGUCUAGUUUAAGGCCAGAUCUUCCUGAAGAGUACAUCCUCAUAAUUUUUCAAGGGUUUUGAUGCUAUUUGUCCUCUCCAUCAAGUUUAUAACCCUGGAUUUGUUAGAACCUGAGAUACAGGCGGCAUGGAAUUUGAUAAAUGAGAAUUUUUGGGGUGUAGGUACAGAAAAAAUAGAGUAUUCAAUACUCUAUCAUAAAGGGCUGACAGUGGAAGCAUACUGCAUAUGUGGGGGGACGGUUGACUCAUUCCCUACCCUGAUAGCUUAUAUCCCACCUCAAAGAUAAGUGAAGAGAUCAUGAUGACUGUGAAGAAAUGGGAACAAAAGUUUGGUAGGCCUUCUCCGGCCAUAAUCAUAUAUAAUGAUCCCUCAAUCCCUCAAGCCCAAUAAUUCUAUUAAUCUGUCAAGUCAAGCAUAGAACUUGGAUGCUUUUCGAUGGAUUAGUCUUGUACUGGGCUGGAUGAUAGGAGUCAGAGUAAUUGGGCCCUCCAUCUCGAAGCCAAUUGGCCAUCAGUGGAGUAGAGCUAUCUUCAUAAUUACAUAUUUAUUUUAUGAUAAUAAAUAUGGUGCUAUUCUUAACUACACUGAUAGGAAAAUAUUUUGGCCCAAGAGCAAUCGUCGACUCUGUUACCAUGUUCAACUUAUUGGGCCAUCUAUGAGUGCAGCUGGCCCAUCUUUAUGAUAAUAUUUCUGUUCUAGCUAAUACCGCCUAACUUAUGUCUCCUUGUGCUGUCUCUAUUUGCAUUAAACCCCUCUCUUGGUAGUCAGAAAAAUGAAGCCAGCUUCAUCACACACAUUCACUUAAUUUGACCUCUGACAGAACGAAUUCAAGUACAACAUCUUCCUGCUAUUUAUCUUCCAUUUUCAUGAUGAAUUGUGGUCCGAAGAAAUAAAAAUCUUCAUAAGUACAACAUUAAUGGUCAUAUCAUCUUCAUCGCCGUCAUCAUCAUUAGUUAUUUUGUUUUAUUAUGCAUUUUAAUCUUGGCGAUAAUUACUAUCAUGUGUUCCAAAAACCAUGUUGUUUAUUUACAUGAUUAAGGAAUGGAGGUAGAAAUUGGAGACCAAAGUAUCUUCAUCGCCAUUCUGAUUCUUGGUUGACUGCGUUUGUUUCUGAUGAACUUUCUCAGACAAGCCUCCCGUUGAGGAGCUGAAGUAUUUCCUGGAAUUCCAAGUCCAGCGAGACUGGGCACCUGUGAAGGCUCACGCCAUUCCGGGGCAUCAGAGGAAAGAGCCCGUGUGUCCUUCUGUUCAGUUUAGUCUGAUGGGCCCGAAGCUCUAUAUCAGCGCAGAGCAGGUAUCUGGUUCAGUUUUUUAUUUCACUACUGAAUUUACCAUAUCUAUACCUAGCAUGCACGCGAAUUUAUUUGUUUUAACAAUGUUCACGGGAAGUCAACCCUUUCGACGAAAAUAAUCUGAUCCUCGCCGCCCUGUUUCAUAGAUUGGUGGUUGUAUUCAGCUUCUCUCUCUCUCUCUCUCUCUCUCUCUCUCUCUCUCUCUCUCUCUCUCUCACGUUAUGCGUUAUUCAAAUGCAUUGGAACCAAUUAAGACUGAGAAAGAUACCCCAUUUAUGCUCGAACCCAGUGUUCUCGGCUGGUUGGGACCGGAUUGGAGUGGAGGAACGAGCAGUUCAGCUCCCAUGAAUGGAUCAUCCAUCUAACCUCGUCAUCGUCAUGGCGGAAUUUCUCUCCGCCCAUUUUUACCGUUUCUUCUGCUUGCUGCGUCUCUCUGUUUAGUCCCAUGCCCUUCAUUUUACUGGGUAUGGAAGGUUUUCCGUCGUCGUGUUUCCGAUUGGAGGAGGAGCUUUCUGAAUCGAGAAAGUGUUGGUCUGUGCAGGUGGCGGUCGGCCGGAAACCCAUCACGGGGCUGAGGCUCAGCCUGGAAGGUGGGAAGCGGAACAGGCUGGCCAUCCACCUCCAACACCUGGCCUCGCUGCCCAAGGUGCUGCAGCCCCACUGGGACGCCCACGUAGCGAUCGGGGCGCCGAGGUGGCAGGGCCCGGAAGAGCAGGACAGCCGCUGGUUCGAGCCCAUCAAGUGGAAGAACUUCGCCCACGUCAGCACCGCCCCCAUCGAGAACACGGAGACCACCAUCGGCGACCUCUCCGGCGUCUUCAUCGUCACCGGCGCCCAGCUGGGCGUCUGGGACUUCGGCGCCAAGAGCGUCCUCCACUUGAAGCUCCUCUUCUCCAAGGUCCCUGGCUGCACCAUUCGAAGGUCCGUCUGGGACCACGACCCGUCCGUGAUGACCCAACACGGCGGCGGCGACGACCCGUCGUCGUCUCCGUCGAGCUCCGGCGGUGAGAGGAAGAGCUCCGACGACGGCCCCGCUGCCGGGAAGCUAGACAAGUUCGUGGACACGGUGGAGGUCUGCCGUGGCCCGCAGGAGAGCCCCGGCCACUGGCUGGUGACCGGCGCCAAGCUCGGGAUCGAGAAGGGGAAGAUCGUCGUGCGGGCCAAGUACUCCCUGUUGAAUUACUGA